AUGCGUUUACCUAUUAAUCCUGAUAUUGUUGCACCAGAUGGUUCAUUAGUUCGUAAUUUAUUAACAACAAUUGUUGGUAGUAUGGCACAAUUUGAUCUUCCUCCUGAUGAAUUUUGGCGAAAACAAAAUGAAAAAGAAGAAACUGUAACAGUUGAUGCUAAUGUAUGUAUUACCAUACCGGUCGGUACACAAUUUCAAUUUCGUACAAUUCGACACAAACCAUUCGUAGCAGUAGCAAUUACAAUGCCACCAUGGCCAGGACAUAGUGAAGCUAUGUUGAGACUAGGUAUUUGGAAUGCAAGUUUUAUUGGGAUUGAAAAUUCAUCAACCAAAUUAACUAAUUCAAUCUAUCGAUUGUUUAUUAUUGUCAUUUUCCUCAUCAUAAAUAUAAUCUAA